AAAUCUUAUUCAAUAAAAUUACCAAAAUCUUACAAACCCCCCAUAAAUCUUUUCUUCCAUGGUUCGCUGCAGUACUUGCAGACAGAGAAGCCGCAACUUACCUUCAUCCACGGCCGCCUCCGACGCCGGCUAAGCAGCAGCCUUUGACGCCGCUGCUGCUCUUACAGCCGCCGCCGCCAACAGUCAAGCAUUCGCUGUUCCUAUUGACGCUGAAUUACACUUUCGGUUGAGAGCAUGGAUUCUUCAGGUGAUAGUAAUGCACUUAUAUUGCCACCUAAAUUAAAGACUCAUAAGCAAAAAUCCAAUUCUCAGAUAAUUUGUUGUCAGAAUAAAAGUUUGAGUAAAUCCCAGAAAAGAAAGUUGAAGAAAUUGGAGGAAGAGAAGGAAAAACAAUUAUUGCUAUCAAAAAGCUUGGAAGCCUUAGAGAAGUAUACAAUAAGUGAUGAUGCACAUUCGCUUCUGUGGUCUUCCCAGAACAUCGGUCAGGCGGAGACAACACGGGAGAAGCGUAGGAGGGUUAUGCAAUUUUCUAAGGCUGGUUUGGAUUUUCUAUCGAGUAAUAUGGAGUCCAAGAAAAAGAAAGGUGGUUCAUGCGAAACUGAAUUGGAUGUUUGUAAAAGCUCCCAAUUGGAAGUUUCCCAUGAGAUGGAUACUUUCAAACCACUACCUAUUGAGAGAGAGCAUAUAAACUCUGUGCCUUUGCUAGGGCCAGAUGAUCAAAAUAGUCUUGGUGAUCUUGAGGAGAUUGGGCCUGAUGGAUCGAUUAAGGAAGCAACAGCUAGUGAAGAUAGCUGCAAAAUCAACAAUUUAGAUGCUGGAAGUCCCUCAGUUCCUUGGUGUCCUGACGGUGAUGACAAAGUUAUUGCUGCAACGUGUGAAGGCAAGGAUGAGUCGAGGCUUAGCACAUAUGUGACAAGAAGGGUAGAUGGAUCCGUUUCAGAACCUCCAGUUGCUCCUACUGUUGUACACGUAGUACGGCCAGAAGAUGUGGAAAAUGGGAGGAGAGACCUCCCAAUUAUUAUGAUGGAGCAGGAGAUUAUGGAAACAAUAAACAAUCAUAGCAGCGUGAUUAUUUCUGGAGAAACUGGGUGUGGCAAGACCACACAAAUUCCACAGUUUCUGUAUGAAGCUGGUUAUGGUUCAGCAGAUUGCCCCAUGAGACGUGGUGUUAUAGGUGUAACCCAGCCUCGGCGUGUUGCUGUGCUCUCUACAGCAAAACGUGUAGCAUAUGAGCUUGGAUUGCGACUUGGUAAAGAAGUUGGUUUUCAAGUUAGGUAUGACAGAAAGAUUGGAGAAAACUGCUCCAUAAAAUUUAUGACAGACGGGAUUCUACUUCGAGAGAUUCAGAGUGAUUUCUUGUUGAAGCGCUACUCUGUAAUUAUACUGGAUGAGGCUCAUGAAAGGAGUCUAAACACAGACAUUCUAAUUGGCAUGCUUUCUCGUGUUGUUAGGGUGCGCCAGGCAACAUAUGAAGAUCAGCAGAAGCUGUUGCGGGCUGGAAAAGAAAUCAUCGUCGAAGAAAGAGUAUAUCCCCUAAAACUUAUAUUAAUGAGUGCAACCUUGCGGGUUGAGGAUUUCACUUCAGGAAGUCGGAUAUUUCAUGAACCUCCACCUGUUAUAAAUAUUCCGGCAAGACAGUUUGUCGUGACAACUCACUUCUCAAAGAAAACAGUGCUUAAAGACUAUGUUGGUGAGGCAUUUAAGAAGGUCUUAAAAAUUCACAAGAAGUUGCCCUGUGGUGGCAUAUUGGUGUUUGUCACUGGUCAAAGGGAAGUAGAGGAUUUGUGUCGUUUGCUUCGUCAAGCUUCAAAGCAAUUUGGAAACAGAAGCAGUGAAGUCAAUAAGGAGAUUGACAAAAGUACUAGAAAUAGUAGUGGCCAAAUUGAUGGGUAUAGUAUGAAAGAGAUUGAUGAAGCCCUUGAUCCUCGUGCAAGCUCAGAUGAAACAGACAGGUUCAGUUGUUAUGAUGAAUCUCAUGAUGAAUCAGGUAACAAUGAUGCAUAUUCUUCCUCCAUUUCCGGGUCAGAGAGUGAGUCAGAUGUUGACAGUGAUUUUGAAGAUCAGAAGAUUCUUAAAGUGGAUGAUAGUUCUGUAGACUUAACAGAAGAUGUAAACCUUGAUGCUUUGAAGGUUGCUUUUGAAGCUUUGACAGAAAAGACAGCUCCAACAUUAGGUUCCAAGGGGAAUGAAGUGAAUUCUGGGACUGAAAAUGUUUGUUCAAUUAAGCCUUUCAGCUCGAGUAUGCUUAAAGGAGAGAAAAAGGAUCCUGUUGGUCCAUUGCAUGUUUUGCCUCUUUAUGCUAUGCUUCCGGCAGCUGCUCAGCUUCGAGUCUUUGAAGAGAUCAAGGAAGGGGAGCGUCUCGUAGUUGUUGCCACUAAUGUUGCUGAGACCUCUUUGACCAUUCCUGGAAUAAAAUAUGUGAUUGACACUGGAAGGGAAAAGGUGAAGGAGUAUAAUCCUUCUAAUGGAAUGGAAUCGUUUAAAAUUCAGUGGAUAAGCAAGGCAUCAGCUGCUCAACGUGCUGGAAGAGCCGGAAGAACUGGACCUGGUCAUUGUUAUUGCUUAUAUUCUUCUGCAGCUUUAUGCAAUCAAUUUCCAGAAUUCUCAAUUGCUGAAAUUCUUAAAAUUCCCAUUGAUGGUGUUGUCCUCGUCAUGAAAUCCAUGGGUAUAAGUAAGGUUGCAAAUUUUCCAUUCCCUACCUCUCCGGAUGUCACUGAGCUCAUGAAAGCUGAGAAGCGCUUAAUGGCUCUUGAAGCUCUUGAUAGUGAGGGUAGGCUGACACUUUUGGGAAAGACAAUGGCUCUGUACCCUAUGAGCCCAAGGCACUCUAGGUUGCUUCUUCUUGCUAUACAGAUGACGAAGACUGCAAUUAGUGUACGGCCCAAUUUGGUUCUAGGUUAUGCAGUGGCAGUUGCGGCUGCCUUGAGCUCGUCGAGUCCUUUUCUUUUUCAGUUUGAUGAGAGUCAGAACAAUGCCCACGGCAUAGAGCAGCAAGAGGAUUCUGGUUCACUUGGCAGCAAGGAAAACAAAGACAAGCAAGCCAAGCUAACAAAGAAACAAAUGAAAGAAUCUUCGAGGCUUUCACGAGCAAAAUAUUUCAACCUUAAGAGCGAUGCUUUAACUGCAGCUUACGCCUUGCAGUGUUUUGAGCAAGCUGCAAAUCCAUCCCAAUUCUGUAAGGAAAACACACUACACUUAAAAACUAUGGUAGAAAUGUCUCAGCUAAGAAAGCAACUACUGCAGUUAGUCUUUAAUCAGAGAUACAGUGGGCUAAACCAAGAGUUCUCAUGGACUCGGGGAACCAUAAAAGAUGUGGAAAAUAGUUGGAAAGUGUCUUCCGAUAAGAAUCCUCUCUCGGAGAAAGAAGAAGACAUCUUAUGUCAAGCUAUAUGUGCUGGAUGGGCAGACAGGGUUGCAAAGCGGAUCAAAGGAGCCCGUUCAUUGUCAGAAGAAGAUGCAAAAAUCAACGCCAUUCGCUAUCAGGCUUCUUUGGUUGAAGAAACAGUGUUCCUUCGCCGCAGGUCAUCCAUCUCAAGAGCAGCUCCCGAAUUUUUGGUGUAUCAUGAGUUGCUUCAGACAAAACGGCCGUACAUUCAUGGAGCAACGAGCGUGAAAUCAGAGUGGCUGGUGAAAUAUGCAGGAUCAUUGUGCACGUAUUCAGCUCCUAUGACAGAUCCGAAACCUUCUUAUGAUCCUCAUCAUGAUCAAGUAUUUUUCCAUGUUAUUCCAUAUUUUGGUCCCGAGUUAUGGGAACUUCCCGUUAGCAAAUCACCAAUCAAAGAUGUGCAACAGCGUGUUACUGUCUUUGCUUAUGCUUUGCUGGACGGUCAGAUUUUGCCGUGCUUAAAAUCUGUCAAGAACUUCAUGGCGAGCCCACCCAGCAUCAUCUUAAAGCCAGAAGCAUUGGGUCAAAAACGCGUGGGCAAUCUUUUACGUAAAUUAAGGACAAGAUCACAAACAAUCGAUAGCUGCGCCAAACUAAACGAAGCAUGGAAAGAAAACCCAAAACUGUUGCAUUCGGAAAUACUGGACUGGUUUCAGAGCGGAUUUCAUCAUGUUUUCGAUGAAUUAUGGGAAAAAAUGCAUCAAGAAGCGCUUUUGGCACCUCAGGAUCGUUUUCCCGACAGAAGUAGAAGAAGAAAAAACAGUUAAAAAGUUUAUCAGUUUAUUAAACUGAAAUUCUUAUUUAUUCUACUAGUUAGAAAUUAUGAUAAUGAACAUUUGAACACAAUGAUACUAUAGUGAUGGGUCCAUGACCAUCCCUCCAAUUUUGUACUCCUAUCACCUAUUGCUUCUAUAGUGAUUGCCCCUAAAAAUCAAUCGCUAUAAAAUUAAAUAAAAUUCGUAUUUAUGAA